AUGCACGACUCUUCCUUCAGAUAUUCCUUCGCCCAUUCGACGAGCUUCACCCGCCUGACGACUAACGAUGGCGGACCAAAACCAACCGUCCUCCACAUCGAGGAUGUCAAGAAAUACGUCAAAAAAGAAAUGACAAUUGGAAAUUUCAAUCGGCUGGAGGAGAUAGGAAAGGGAAGCUUUGCAACCGUCUACAAAGCUGCCGUCUCUAAACAGCCAGGCUUUGUCGCCAUCAAGUCUGUUGACAUUAAUCGCCUGAAUAAGAAGCUCAAAGAAAAUCUAUACUCUGAGAUCAAAAUCCUGAAAGGCAUGCAUCACCCGCAUAUCGUCGCCCUGGUCGAUUGUAAAGAAUCCACAGCUCAUAUUCAUUUAAUCAUGGAAUUCUGUGAGCUCGGCGACUUGUCCUACUUCAUCAAGAAGAAAGAUUCACUCAAGUUACAUGAGACGAUGGCUGAAACCUUCAAGAAAUAUCCCAAUCCUCCAGGUGGCGGGCUCAACGAGGUCAUUGUGAGACACUUUGUGAAGCAGCUGGCCAAUGCUAUUGAGUUUCUACGAACGCAGAAUUGUAUACACCGGGAUGUCAAGCCUCAGAAUCUCCUCUUGAAUCAUUCUCCGUACUACUACUCGGAGGUCCAGCCCGCCGUCUUCCCCUUCAAGGCCCAUGAGAAAACGCUGGUGCCCAAUGUGGGCAUAGAAACCCUUCCCACGUUGAAGCUGGCCGAUUUCGGCUUCGCGCGUUCAUUACCUACCACCUCUCUAGCAGAGACUCUUUGUGGAUCCCCACUCUACAUGGCCCCCGAGAUUUUGCGUUAUGAAAAGUAUGAUGCUAGCGUUGACUUGUGGUCAACUGGAACCGUACUUUACGAGAUGUUGGUCGGGAAGCCACCCUUCAAAGCUGUAAAUCAUGUAGAACUUCUACGGAGGAUCGAAAAAAGCGACGAUAGAAUCGCCUUCCCACGUGAGAUCUAUGUCAGCGAUUCACUGAAAAGUCUUGUUCGCCAGCUCUUGAAGCGCAAUCCUGCCGGGAGAAUGUCUUUCCAGGAAUUUUUCAAGAACACAGUCAUUACAGACGAGAUUCCCGGCCUGACUGACGAUGACCGAGCCCGUCAGCUUCCACGGCCUGUGUUGAAGCCUAAGUCCUCAAGAGAUAGCGAGAAAAGCACAAAUAGUAGGGGGUCCGUCACAUCCAAGCCAAGUGUAUCGCAGAUUACUCCACAGUCUUCGAAGACACAACUCUCCAGCAGUCCCCAGACCGCAGCCUUAAAGGUUAAUCCGUCUCUCAAUCGACGAUCAUCUGGUACACCACCAAGAGCUGUCCAAGGAGAUUUUAGAGACAGGAGGCAAAGCAUCGAGACUCCGAGGGAAGCUACAAGAGAAACCUCUAGUCCAGCGCGCCGACCAAGCAUAAUAUCCCACGCAACUGCACCAGCGCGGCAUGAUCUACACGCUCAAGGUACGAAGAAUGCAGCAGUAGCAGCUAUGGAAAGAAAAUCGAGCCGGACUUCACUCUCGUCCCAGGAGAAAGCUCAACAACGCGAAAAGGCGCUACAGCUCAGGGAAGCCAAGGAAAGAGCGGCACAAGACGUAGCCUUCGAAAGGGACUACGUCGUUGUAGAGAAGCGCGCAGUCGAAGUCAAUGCUUUCGCAGAUGAACUCGAUGCUAGUCCAAGAAUUCAAGGAAACGGCCAGGAUCCUACUCGCGGCGCGAUGAUUCGGAGAGCAACUCAACAAGGGCCACCCGCGUCGACUACAGGAGCCCAGGUCACACCUUCCCGGGCUCUCCAAGUUGUCUCGGGCAAGAGACAAGACUCCACUCAUCAUCGAAGAAGUUCAUAUGAACGCAGACUUCGUGAACCCAUUUCAGCAACAUCCGCCAUCUCCAAAGCCAUAACCAUGGCCAGUGGAAGGCUCUUUGGGUUGGGUUACUCCCCACCAUUUGGAGCUGGCCCUGGUGGGCAUUCGCCUCCUUCUUACGCGCCUUUUCCAGCGUACCCGACAAAUCAAGGCAGUCUUCUUAUGAUAGACGAUGGCUCGAAGAAGACUCCUGUUCCUCUAGACGAAGACUCUAAGACCGUCCAAGUCAUUGAAGACAAUGCGACACGCAGCGAUGUUGUAUUCGGGUUUGCGGAAGUAAAGUAUAAGCAGCUUAUUCCACUAGCCCCGUCGACGGAUCAAGGCCUUGGCCUGCGAAUGUCUGAGCAAUCUCAAGAAGCCAGCACAAAUGAAGACGAAGGUUUGACCAUUGACGCAAUUGUCACGCUCUCAGAAGAGGCGCUCGUCUUGUACGUGAAGGCACUUGCUGUUUUGGCCAAAUCGAUGGACAUUGCUAGUGCUUGGUGGAUGAAAAAGAAUCGAGGCGAAAUUUUGGAUGAUGCAGCGCAUCGAAAGACCGCAAACGGGAGGAUGGGUAAUCGCAUAAAUAACGUCGUGCAAUGGGUCAGAUCACGAUUCAACGAGACCCUUGAGAAAGCAGAGUUUGUCCGCUUGAAAUUGGUCGAGUCACAGAAGCAAUUACCGCCUGAGCACCCAAGCCAUCCGAAUAAUCAUCCUUCUCCGACCUCAUCGGCGUCUUCCGCAGAUCAAAUAUGUGUCACUUCCGGUAUCACAGCUGAGAAAUUGAUGUACGACCGUGCCCUAGAAAUGAGUCGGUCAGCAGCUGUUAACGAGCUUGUUGGCGAGGACCUUCCAAAUUGUGAGCUUGCCUACGCCACAGCUAUCCGCAUGCUGGAAGCUGUGCUAGAAGACGAUGAUGAGUUGGCAACUAAGAAAGCUAUCACGGGCGACGAACAAAAGAGAAAAGCUUCGGAAGACGACUUCAUCAAUGGCGUUGAGGCGGAAGACCGGCAGGUCGUGGUAAAGCGUAAGUUGUAG